GCGGCAGUGACGGCGCUUGCCGUGCGGCCGAGGACGAUUCGCCAGUGAGCGCGGAGACUGGUUCCACUACGGGCGCGGGGGGGCGCCGGUCCCGGCCCUGCUCCCUGGGCCGCGGAGCUUGCCGUCCCACCUCCGUCAGAACCGAUCUUUCCUUCCAGCCCCUGACCCCUGCCCUUCCUGGUUUUCCCCCGCCUUCCUCGCAGAGGCCAUGGAGGACGAGGAGAGACAGAAGAAGCUGGAGGCCGGCAAAGCGAAGCUUGCCCAGUUUCGACAAAGAAAGGCUCAAUCUGAUGGACAGAAUUCUUCUAAGAAGCAGAAAAAAAAGAGAAAAACCUCAAACAGUAAACAUGAUGUAUCAGAAUACCAUGGCUUGGAUGUUGAUCAAUCACAGUGUGAUGAGUUGUAUGUAAAUAGUUCUCAGAGAGUAGGAUCAUCCGUGACUCCGGAAUCCACAACAAUGAGAACUCCACAUAGUAGAGAAAUUGUCAAGCAUGACCAGGUCUUCUCUGUCGAACCUGAAAGUGAAAUUUCAACCACGGCAGAUGACUACAGUUCGGAGGUAAACGGUUGCAGAUUUGUGGUGAGAACAGGAAAGCCUACAAAUUUAUUAAGGGAAGAAGAAUUUGGUGUUGAUGAUUCUUAUUCUGGACAAGGAGCACAGUAUAGUCAGACCCACCUAGAGAUGAUGGAAAAUGAAUUAGCUGGGAAACAGCAUGAGAUUGAAGAGCUAAACAGAGAACUGGAAGAAAUGAGAGCCACCUAUGGGACUGAAGGACUGCAACAGGAACAAGAUAAAAAAGUGGAAAACUCAAAUAAAAAAGAAAUACAGGAAAAGGAAGCAAUCAUUGAAGAAUUAAAUGCAAAAAUAAUAGAAGAAGAAGAAAAAACUCUUGAGCUAAAGGAUAAAGUAACAGCUGCUGAUAAAUUACUAGGAGAAUUACAAGAGCAAGUUAUACAAAAGAACCAAGAGAUAAAAAAUAUGAAAUUAGAGCUGUCCAAUUCUAAGCAAAAAGAAAGACAGUGUUCUGAGGAAAUAAAACAGUUAAUGGGGACAGUUGAAGAACUUCAGAAGAGAAAUCAUAAAGAUAGCCAAUUUGAAACUGAUGUAGUUCAAAGAAUGGAACAGGAAACACAAAGAAAGUUAGAACAACUCCGGGCAGAGUUGGAUGAGAUGUAUGGGCAGCAGAUAGUGCAGAUGAAACAAGAAUUAAUAAAACAACACAUGUCACAGAUAGAGGAACUGAAAACACAACAUAAGGGAGAAAUGGAGAAUGCUUUAAGAUCAUAUCCAAAUAUUACAGUUAAUGAAGAUCAAAUAAAGUUAAUGAAUGUGGCAAUAAAUGAACUGAAUAUAAAAUUGCAAGACACUAACUCUCAAAAGGAAAAACUCAAGGAAGAACUUGGAGUAAUUUUGAGAGAAAAGUCUGAUUUACAGAGACAGCUUGAAGACCUUUUUGAAGAAUUGAGUUUUUUAAGGGACCAAAUUCAGAGAGCUAGACAGACCAUAGCUGAACAAGAAAGUAAACUGAAUGAAGCACAUAAGUCCCUUAGUACAGUGGAAGAUUUGAAAGCUGAGAUUGUUUCUGCAUCUGAAGCCAGGAAGGAACUAGAAUUAAAACAUGAAGCAGAAGUUACAAAUUAUAAGAUAAAACUUGAAAUGUUAGAAAAAGAAAAGAAUGCUGUGUUAGACAGAAUGGCUGAAUCACAAGAAGCUGAAUUAGAGAGGCUGAGAACACAGCUUCUAUUUAGUCAUGAAGAAGAACUUUCCAAACUGAAGGAAGAUUUAGAAAUUGAACAUCGAAUAAAUAUUGAAAAACUUAAAGAUAAUUUAGGCAUUCACUAUAAACAACAGAUAGAUGGCUUACAGAAUGAAAUGAGUCAAAAGCUAGAAACCAUGCAGUUUGAAAAAGACAAUUUGAUUACUAAUCAGAAUCAAUUAAUUUUGGAAAUUUCAAAGCUAAAAGAUUUACAGCAGUCCCUUGUGAAUUCAAAGUCAGAAGAAAUGACUCUUCAAAUCAAUGAACUUCAAAAAGAAAUUGAAAUACUCAGACAGGAAGAAAAGGAAAAGGGUACACUUGAGCAAGAAGUUCAAGAAUUACAACUUAGAACAGAAUUAUUAGAGAAACAAAUGAAGGAAAAAGAGGAUGAUGUGCAAGAAAAAUUUGCACAACUUGAAGCAGAAAAUAGCAUUCUUAAAGAUGAAAAGAAAGCCCUUGAAGACAUGUUGAAAAUAUAUACUCCUGUUAACCAAGAAGAAAGAUUGAUUUUCAUAGACUCCAUUGAGUCCAAAUCCAAAGACUGUAGCUGGCAAAAAGAAAUAGAAAUACUUACAGAGGAAAAUGAGGACCUCAAACAACAGUGUAUUCAGCUAAAUGAAGAGAUUGAAAAGCAAAAGAACACUUUUUCAUUUGCUGAAAAAAACUUUGAAGUUAACUAUCAGGAGUUACAGGAGGAAUAUGCUUGCCUUCUCAAAGUAAAAGAUGAUUUAGAAGACUGUAAAAAUAAGCAAGAAUUAGAGUAUAAAAGUAAGCUUGAAGCACUUAAUGAAGAGCUUAAUUUGCAAAGGAUAAAUCCAACUACAGUGAAAAUGAGACGUUCUGUCGUUGAUGAUGACAAGGCUUUUAUAGCAGAACCAUGGGAAACUGGUGAGGUUGUUGAGAAAGAUACAACAGAACUCAUGGAAAAACUUGAGGUAACCAAGAGAGAGAAAUUAGAGCUCUCAAAGAGACUGUCUGAUCUUUCUGAACAAUUGAAACAAAAACAUGGUGAGAUUAGUUGUCUAAGUAAAGAAGUUAAAUCUUUAAAGCAAGAGAAAGAACAAGUUUUAUUGAAAUGUAGAGAGCUAGAAAUCAUAAUCAACCAUAAUAGGGCAGAAAAUGUAAAUGUAUGUGAUGUUCAGUUAAGCUCUUUAACAGAUGGAGUAGUGACUCUGACAAGCAGGGAUUCUGGAAGAUCAGUUUCUAAAAUAAAUAAAGGUUUUGGUGAAGAAUCAAAAAUAAUGGCAGAAGAUAAAAUUGCUUUUGAAAAUACGACUGUUAGAAAAGAAAGCAAGCAAGAACAGUCAUUUUUGGAUCACUUGCCAUCAGUAAGAAAUGAAUCAUCAUUUUGGGCAACUGAACCAAGUGAAAAUGAUAAACUUCAAAGGGAACUCAGUGUACUUAAAUCAGAACAGAAUGAUUUAAGACUACAGAUGGAAGCCCAACGCAUUUGCCUCUCUCUGGUGUAUUCAACUCAUGUGGAUCAGGUUCGUGAAUAUAUGGAAAAUGAAAAAGAUAAAGCUCUUAGCAAUCUUAAAGAGGAGCUUAUCUCUGCUCAAGAGGAAAAGAUCAAGGAACUUCAGAAGAUACACCAGUUAGAGCUACAAAAUAUAAAAACACAAGAAACAGGUGAUGAAGCAAAGUCUCUGCAGAUGCUCAUUGGAAAACUUCAAAAUGCAGUGUCUGAAGAAUGUUCUAAUUUCUCACAGACUUUAUGCAGUGUCCUCGGUGAAUGUUAUACUCCUGCUUUAAAAUGUGAAGUAAAUGUAGAAGGGAGAGAGAAUUCUGGUGCUUACACUUCUGAAAAUCAAGAACCAGAGUUACGAGAUUGUAGAUAUGAAUUUCAAGACCUUCAAGAAAACUUGCAAACUCUUCUCAACAAAGUUACAGAAGAAUGCAACAAACUCUUGGUACUUCAGAAACGAUUAAGCAAGAUUCCAGGACAGCAAACAGAUGGUAUGAAACUUGAAUUUGCAGAAGAAAACCUCCCAAAAGAGGAAACAGAGUUUUUAUCAACCCAUUCUCAGAUGACCAGUUUACAAGACAUUGAUAUUGAUCAUAAAAGCAAGUUAUCUUCUCUCCAAGAUAUUGAAAAAAUUAAACAACUUGAAGAACAAGUUCAAACAUUAGAAAACCUCAUAUCCUCUUUGCAGCAACAGUUGAAAGAAACUGAAGAAAACUAUGGGGCAGAGAUCAGUUGUUUGCAGGAAAGACUUCAAGCUAUUGAUGAAUCCACAGUUCAGCCAAGGCAAGCAGUCAUUGUGUCAAUGAGUAUUGCAUUUGCUCAACAAACUGAACUAUCUAGAAUAUCUGGGGGAAAAGAAAAUACUACAGUACCAAAACAAGCACAUCCUCUCUGUGAGCAGGAAGAACCACAUUAUUUUAACGAAAUGAAAUUAUCACAGGGUCAAGUUGGUUUUCAGACUUUUGAGGUAACAGACAUGAAAUUUAAAGAAGAAUUUAAGCCACUUAGUAAAGAGUUAGGAGAAGAUGGAAAGGAAGUUUUGUUGUCGAAUAAUGAUGAUCUUGAUGAUAUGCUAGAAUCAAAGGACUAUCAGCUGACUAUUUCAGAAGAAAUGUUCUCCAAAGAUAAAACAUUUAUAGUCAGAGAAUCUAUCCAUGAUGAGAUUUCGGUAUCAAGCAUGGAUGCUUCUAGACAGCUAAUGUUAAAUGAAGAGCAGUUGGAAGAUAUGAGGCAGGAACUUGUGCGACAAUACCAAGAACAUCAACAGGCAACAGAACUAUUAAGGCAGGCACACAUGCGACAGAUGGAGAGACAGCGAGAAGACCAGGAACAGCUACAAGAAGAGAUUAAAAGACUAAAUAGACAGUUAGCCCAGAGAUCUUCCAUAGAUAAUGAAAACCUGGUUUCAGAGAGAGAGAGGGUGCUUUUAGAGGAGCUGGAAGCACUAAAGCAGCUGUCUUUAGCUGGAAGAGAGAAGCUGUGUUGUGAGCUGCGCAACAGCAGUACGCAAACACAGAAUGGAAAUGAAAGUCAAGAGGAAGUUGAGGAACAGACGUUUAAAGAAAAGGAAUUGGACAGAAAACCUGAAGAUGUGCCUUCUGAUAUUCUGUCCAAUGAAAGAUAUGCCCUCCAGAAAGCUAAUAACAGACUUCUGAAGAUCCUGUUAGAAGUUGUAAAGACAACAGCAGCUGUUGAAGAAACAAUUGGUCGCCAUGUCCUUGGGAUUCUAGAUAGAUCUAGUAAAGGCCAGUCAUGUGCCAGCCUGAUUUGGAGAUCAGAAGCGGAGCCUUCUGUAAAGUCAAGUGUCCAUGAGGAACACACAGGAGUAACAGAUGAAUCCAUACCCUCUUAUUCUGGAAGUGAUAUGCCAAGAAAGGACAGUAGCAUGUGGUCAAAAGUAACUGAGGAAGGAACAGAGCUAUCCCAACGGCUUGUGAGGAGUGGUUUUGCUGGAACUGAAAUAGACCCUGAAAAUGAAGAAUUUAUGCUGAACAUUAGCUCUCGACUACAAGCAGCAGUUGAAAAACUCCUAGAAGCCAUAAGUGAAACUAGUAGUCAGCUUGAACAUGCAAAAGUUACACAGACAGAGUUGAUGCGUGAGUCAUUUAGACAGAAACAAGAAGCAACAGAGUACCUUAAGUGCCAAGAAGAACUGCGAGAGCGCCUUCAUGAAGAGUCCAGGGCCAGAGAACAACUGGCUGUGGAGCUUAGUAAGGCUGAGGGUGUCAUUGAUGGCUAUGCAGAUGAAAAAACUCUUUUUGAAAGGCAAAUCCAGGAAAAAACUGAUAUAAUAGAUCGUCUUGAGCAGGAGUUGUUAUGUGCCAGUAAUAGAUUGCAAGAAUUGGAAGCAGAGCAGCAGCAGAUCCAAGAAGAAAGAGAAUUAUUGUCCAGACAAAAGGAGGCUAUGAAAGCAGAGGCAGGUCCAGUUGAACAACAACAAGAUGAAGACAUUUAUGAGGUUGAAUCUCGUGUGCCUUUACCACAUCCUUUUCCUCUUUGUGAACAUUUGGAUGAAAAUAACUCAGUUGAACAGUUAACAAAUCAUCUGAAAGAGAAAACAGACAAGUGCAGUGAGCUUUUGCUCUCUAAAGAGCAGCUUCAAAGGGAUAUACAAGAGCGAAAUGAGGAAAUUGAGAAACUAGAGUUCAGAGUACGGGAACUGGAGCAAGCCUUACUCCUUAGUGCAGACACUUUUCAAAAGGUAGAGGACCAAAAACAGUUUGGAGCUGUAGAAGCUAAAGCAGAAUUGUCUCUAGAAGUACAAUUGCAGGCUGAGCGAGAUGCCAUAGACAGAAAGGAAAAAGAGAUUACAAACUUAGAAGAACAAUUAGAACAAUUUAGAGAAGAACUGGAAAAUAAGAAUGAAGAAGUUCAGCAACUACAUAUGCAAUUAGAAAUACAGAAAAAGGAGUCUACUACCCGCCUACAAGAACUUGAACAAGAAAAUAAAUUAUUUAAGGAUGAAAUGGAGAGACUGGGAUUUGCCAUAAAGGAAUCUGAUGCUGUGUCUACUCAGGACCAACAUGUGUUAUUUGGGAAAUUUGCUCAAAUAAUACAGGAAAAAGAGGUAGAAAUUGACCAAUUAAAUGAGCAAAUUACAAACCUUCAGCAGCAACUUAAAAUUACAACAGAUAACAAGGUUAUUGAAGAAAAAAAUGAACUAAUAAGGGAUCUUGAAACCCAAAUAGAAUGUUUGAUGAGUGAUCAGGAAUGUGUGAAGAAAAAUAGAGAAGAAGAAAUAGAGCAACUCAAUGAAGUGAUUGAAAAACUUCAACAGGAAUUGGCAAAUAUUGGACAGAAGACAUCAGUAGAUGCUAAUUCUCUCCCAGAAGAAGCAGACAGUUUAAAACAUCAGUUGGAUUUAGUUAUAGCUGAAAAGCUAGCUUUGGAAAAGCAAGUAGAAACAGCUAAUGAAGAAAUGACCUUCACGAAAAAUGUACUUAAAGAAACCAAUUUUAAAAUGAAUCAACUAACACAAGAAUUAUGUAGCUUAAAGAGAGAACGUGAAAAUAUGGAAAAAAUCCAAAGUGUACCAGAGAAAAUGGUUAACAUGGCUAUAGAUGAUCUGAGUAAAGACAAACCUACACUAGAAGUUCUUACUGAGGAUGAUCUUAAACCCCUAGAGAAUCAGACUUAUCUCAGAUCUUUCGAAGAAAACAGCAAAGUUUCCAUAAGUAAUUUGGAAAAAAAGUUGCUACAACUUGAGAGCACUAUUAGUGCAAAGGACUUAGAACUUAUCCAGUGUUAUCAACAGAUAAAAGACAUGCAAGAGCAAGGCCAGUCUGAAACAGAAAUGCUUCAAAAGAAGAUUAUAAACCUACAAAAAAUACUUGAGGAAAAAGUAGCUGCUGCUCUUGUGAGUCAAGUUCAACUUGAGGCAGUUCAGGAAUAUGCAAAGUUCUGUCAAGAUAAACAAGCAAUUUCAUCAGAACCUGAAAGAACAAAUACACAGAAUUUAAAUCAACUAACAGAAAAUGAGAUGGGGUCAAAUGUAUCAACAUUAACCUUGAGAAUAUCAGAAUUAGAAAGCCAAGUGGUUGAAAUGCACAGUAGUUUGAUUUUAGAAAAAAAACAAGUAGAAAUUGCAGAGAAAAAUGCUUUGGAAAAAGAAAAGAAGCUGCUAGAACUACAGAAGCUUUUGGAGGAAAGUGAGAAAACACAGGGAGGGAAAGAAAGAAAAAGAAACCCUCCAGGAGAUUGUGAAGUUCAAAAGACAACUACUGAGUUAAUUAGUACCAACAAAGAAAGUGGAUUUUGGGGGGAACUUGAGGUUCUUAAAGCUGAGUCAGUGGCUACCAAAGAAGAACUUACCAGUUAUAAAGAAAAGGCAGAAAAACUUCAGGAAGAGCUUUUGGUAAAAGAAACAAAUAUGGCAUCUCUUCAGAAAGAUUUAAGCCAAGUUAGGGAUCAACUCACAGAGGCAGAAGAGAAAUUAUCCCACUUCUUAGAAAAAGAAGAUAAGAUUGAGGUGCAAGAAAACAGAAAGGUCUGCAUAUUAGAGCCACUUCCUAUUAAAGUGGGUAAAAGCUCUGCAUCCCAAACUGAGGGGACUCUCAGGGUCAAUAGCAGCAAUCAGACUCCACAAAUUCCUGUGAGAAAUUCAGGAAUCCAAAUUGAUUUGCAGAAUGAAUGUUCCUCAGAAGAAGUCGCUGAAAUAAUCAGUCAGUUUACUGAAAAAAUUGAGCAGAUGCGAGAACUACAUGCUGCUGAAAUUUUGGAUAUGGAAUCCAGACAUAUUUCAGAAACUGAAACUUUAAAGAGAGAACAUUAUGUUGCUGUUCAGUUACUGACAGAGGAAUGUGCUACCUUGAAGGCAGUGAUACAGUGUCUGAGAACUAAAGAGGGAUCCUCAUUUCCUGAAUUAACACAUUCCGAUGCUUACCAAACUAGAGAAAUAUGUUCCAGUGAUUCUGGAUCAGACUGGGGUCAGGGAAUUUAUCUUACACACAGUCAGGGAUUUGACACAGCAUUAGAAGGCCGAGGAGAAGAAGGUGAAAGUUCAACAGAUUCCUUUCCAAAGAAAAUAAAGGGAUUACUGAGAGCUGUCCAUAAUGAAGGGAUGCAGGUGCUUUCUCUCACAGAGUCUCCCUAUAGUGAUGGAGAGGACCAUUCUGUUCAGCAGGUUUCAGAAUCUUGGCUAGAAGAGAGAAGAGCUUACCUUGAUACCAUCUCAUCUCUUAAGGAUUUAAUUACAAAAAUGCAAGUGCAAAGAGAAGCUGAGGUUUAUGAUAGUUCUCAAUCUCAGGAGACCUUCUCAGACUGGCGAGGUGAACUUCUGCUUGCCCUUCAACAAGUUUUCUUAAAGGAGCACAGUGUUUUACUAGCCGCAUUUCAGACUGAGCUGACAGCUCUAGGUACUAGAGAUGCCGUUGGAUUAUUAAACUGUUUGGAACAGAGAAUACAAGAACAGGGUAUUGAAUAUCGAGCAGCUAUGGAAUGCCUCCAGAAAGCAGAUAGAAGGAGUUUGUUAUCUGAAAUUCAAGCACUGCAUGCUCAAAUGAAUAGCAGAAAAAUGAUUCUGAAAAGAGAACAAGAGAAUGAUAAACCAAGCCAAGAAGUCUUGGAAUAUAAUAUACAGCAGAAGCAGUCUCAAAUGCUGGAGAUGCAAGUGGAGCUGAGCAGUGCGAAAGACAGAGCCACAGAACUGCAGGAACAGCUGAGUUCUGAGAAGAUGGCAGUUGCUGAACUAAAGAGUGAACUUGCACAAACUAAAUUGGAACUAGAAACAACACUCAAGGCACAGCAUAAGCACCUAAAAGAAUUAGAGGCAUUCAGGUUGGAAGUUAAAGAUAAGACAGAUGAAGUACAUUUGCUUAAUGAUACAUUAGCAAGUGAACAGAAAAAGUCAAGAGAGCUCCAGUGGGCUUUGGAGAAAGAGAAAGCCAAAUUGGGACGCAGUGAAGAACGGGAUAAAGAAGAACUUGAGGAUCUGAAAUUUUCACUUGAGGGUCAGAAAGAAAGGAAUAUUCAGCUAAGUCUACUUUUGGAACAACAGAAACAGCUACUAAAUGAAGCACAGCAAAAAAUAGAAUCACAGAAAGUGCUAUAUGAUGCCCAGUUAUCAGAGGAACAAAGUCGAAACUUAGAGCUUCAAGUUCUUCUUGAAUCCGAGAAAGUUCGAAUUCAGGAAAUGAGUAGUACCCUAGAUAGGGAACGGGAAUUACAUGCACAGCUGCAGAGCAAUGAUGAUAGUGGGCAACCUCGGCCAUCCUUACCUUCUGAGGACCUACUUAAAGAGCUACAGAAACAGCUCGAGGAAAAACACAGUCGCAUAGUAGAAUUGUUAAAUGAGACUGAGAAAUAUAAACUGGAUUCUUUGCAAACAAGACAGCAAAUGGAAAAAGAUAGGCAGGUUCAUAGGAAGACGUUGCAGACAGAACAAGAGGCCAACACUGAAGGACAGAAAAAAAUGCAUGAGCUCCAGUCCAAAGUGGAAGAUCUUCAGCGCCAGCUGGAAGAGAAAAGGCAACAAGUUUAUAAGUUAGACCUUGAAGGAAAGCGACUACAAGGAAUUAUGCAGGAAUUCCAGAAGCAAGAACUGGAACGAGAAGAAAAACGAGAAAGUAGAAGAAUUCUGUAUCAGAAUCUUAAUGAGCCAACCACAUGGAGCUUAACCAAUGAUCGAACUAGAAAUUGGGUUCUUCAACAGAAAAUAGAAGGAGAAACAAAAGAAUCAAACUAUCCUAAAUUGAUUGAAAUGAAUGGAGGAGGAACUGGCUGUAAUCAUGAAUUAGAAAUGAUCAGACAAAAGCUUCAACAUGUAGCUUCAAAACUACAGCAUCUAGCCCAGAAAGCCUCUAAUAGACUACAGUUUGAAACAGCAGAUGAUGAAGAUUUCAUUUGGGUUCAGGAAAAUAUUGAUGGGAUUAUUUUACAACUACAGAAAUUAACUGGCCAGUCAGGCGAAGAGCCCAACUUGGCGUCCCCAAGUAUGUCUUGUGGCUCAUUGACUGAAAGACUACUGAGACAAAAUGCUGAGCUGACAGGACAUAUCAGCCAACUGACUGAAGAAAAGAAUGAUUUAAGAAACAUGAUUAUGAAGCUGGAAGAGCAGAUCAGGUGGUAUCGACCAACAGGAGCUGGUAGAGAUUAUUCUUCUAGGUUUUCAUUCAGUGGUUGUACCAACAUUGAAGCCAUCCUUGCUUCUGAAAAAGAAGUGUGGAACAGAGAAAAAUCAGCUCUUCAGAAAUCCUUGAAAAGGGCAGAGGCUGAAGUGUACAAGCUGAAAGCUGAACUAAGAAAUGAUGCUUUACUUCACAAUCUCAGCUCCGAUUCUGAACAUGUCACUUUAAAGAGAAUUUAUGGUAAAUACCUGCGGGCAGAAAGUUUUCGAAAAGCUCUCAUUUAUCAGAAGAAAUACCUGCUGCUGUUACUGGGUGGGUUCCAGGAAUGUGAAGAUGCCACCCUGGCCCUGCUUGCCCGGAUGGGGGGUCAGCCGGCCUUCACAGAUCUAGAGGUGAUCACCAACCGUCCAAAGGGCUUCACGAGGUUUCGGUCAGCUGUCAGAGUAUCCAUUGCAAUUUCAAGAAUGAAAUUUUUGGUUCGACGGUGGCAUCGAGUCACGGGUUCUGGAUCCAUCAAUAUUAACAGGGAUGGCUUUGGUCUGAAUCAAGGCACUGAAAAGACUGACCCAUUUUAUCAUUCUUCUGGUGGGCUUGAGCUAUAUGGAGAGCCAAGACAAACUACCUAUCGUUCAAGAUCAGAUCUGGACUAUCCUAGGUCUCCUUUACCAUUUCAAAAUAGGUAUCCAGGCAUUCCAGCUGAUUUAAAUCCUGGUUCCCUAGCAUGUUCUCAGCUUCAGAAUUAUGAUCCUGACAGAGCCCUGACAGAUUAUAUCACUCGGCUAGAAGCACUGCAAAGACGACUUGGAACUGUACAGUCAGGUUCAACUACUCAGUUUCAUGCUGGCAUGAGAAGAUAAUCCUUUGAAACAUCAUUAAUUGAAGUGAUUUUAAACAAAUUUCCUUUUGUAAAUCAAUGGUUCUUUUGUGUUUUUGUAUUGUGAAUAUUCAAUGGGACCAGUACAAACACAGCUUAUGAUUGUAUACAAAUCCCUCACCAGAACAUGAAAACUGGAAUUUGUAUAUAUAAACAUUGUGCAUGUGUUCAUGCACAGUAAUCAUUAAAUUACAUGUAUAUUUGUGGAAUGCUAAUUUAAAACAUUAAAUUAUAAACCUUGUGUAUUUAUCAAAUGGGUGAAAAGAUUAAACUUUUGCGCAUUAUGAUAUUGCUGAAUGUGUAGCUUGAGGUGUCCUGCACUUUUCUUAUAAGGCUACUGAAGUUACAUGUUUCUGCCUAAUAUAUUUGCUACUGGUGAUGAAGACAGAUAUCACUUGUAGAGACCUAUUUUUGUAUAAUGGUAGAAGUUUUGAAUUUUAUGGGGUAUUUUGUCAAGUACUGAAAUAAAAAUGACUUCACCAUUUUCACCACA